GUCUUUUCGCGGGGCGCUCGCCGGCGUCAUAGUCCAAGCCCUCUUCAGCUCGCCCUCGCCUCCUCAUGGGGCGCGACAUCAAUCCUGGCGGAGGCUCCGAGUGCUCACGCACUGACGGAAACCCUAGACCAUGCAGGGUCUCGGAGACUGCGCGGGCUCCCGUCCACGAUCCGUCUAUCUCGUCUGGGUCUUCUUCGGAGUCUCGUCUCCUCGCGCCGCGCGGCCUUGCUUGUGCGUUUACUGGUUGGAUAGCCUCCCUCCGCCUCGACGGCUGUGGCGCCCCUCCGCCCAAAGUAUGGCCAUGGGGCAGCCUAUCAGGGGCCACCGGCGCAUCGAAUGCGCGCGCUUCAUCCGAUCUAUCUGGAUCUAACAUCUCGAUCGGAGGGCGCAAGUAUGUAAAGGACCUGGGUGGGUCCCCCUCCGAUGUCGUUGCUAGCAGAAUCCUGUGUUGGUAAUGUUCGGGAUGAUAACUCGGCUGCCUCGACAUAAGUAAAUAGCUCCUGGCUUCGCGCGCUUGAAGCACUUCGGGGUAUGUCAGAG